GCUAGCCUAUGCAGCUAUAGCAGAGGCCUCUCCUACACUUCCUGCGUUAUGCUACAAGUUUACAGUGCAUAUAAGGUCAUUUGUGGACAGGAACGCUAGUUGUUACUUUCACCAGAUGCACAGGAAUCGUCUGGCUCCCACAUGACUCAGCAGGAGCAGCAGGAGUUUACGGAGAGCCUGGAGGCAGCUCUGUCCUGGAUGCAGGCCGUCCAGGAGAGGCUCCGGGUCAAUGACAACACCCAGGGCCCCCGGGCCGCCCUGCAGGCAAGGCUCAGAGAGACAGAGAAAAUCCACGAGUCUGAGCAUGAGGGUCGCGUGAAGAUGGACAUGGUGCUGGUGGCUGCAGAGGUCUUACUGCAGAACGGAGACCAGGAGACCAGGAGCAACACCCACGCCAGACUCAAAGAGCUCAAAGCAUUAUGGGAGGAGACCUGCACCUACAUCAUCCACUGCCACAGCCGGAUAGAGUGGGUGUGGCUGCACUGGAGUGAGUACCUGAAGGCGCAUGAGGAGGUUGAGAUGUGGCUGGUCCGCGUGCGUCGCAGUCUGGAGCCGGAGGUGGAACUACAGCUGGGGGUGAAGGAGAAACUGUGGCAGGUGGACCACCAGCAUGUCUUGCUGAGUGACGUGCAGAGCCAGGCAAUGCUGUUGGAGAGGCUGUUGGACGAGGCUGCAGCACUGCACAACCGUACCCAGGACCCCAGUGUGGACCAGGAGGCACAGGAGAGACUGCAAGAGGCAUACAACAGCAUACGGGACAGGGCUGAGGAGAGGCUGUCGGUGCUGCAGAAGAUAGCUGAAGAGCACCAAAUGUACCAGAGUUACGUCCUGAAGUUCCAGGCCUGGCUGGUGUCCAAGGCUAAGGAGCUGAACACCCUUAUUGAGACAGAGGACACAGCCGAGAACAAGCUCAGAUCCCUACAGACCCUGGACGACAGUGUGGCCAGUGAAGAGCGGAUGCUGCAGCACAUUGAGGGCAUGGCAGAGGCGGUGCGGGCCAACACGUCCCCCGGGGGGGCGGCGGUGGUGGAGGAGGAGGCGGAGGAGCUUCGUUUGGCCUGGCAGAGGCUCCGACAGAGCCUGUGUGAGGCUGGGGAGGGCCUGAGGAGCAGCCUAGACUCCCAGAGCCAGUACCAGAGCCACUGCCAGCGCCUGGGGGAGGACAUCGCGCAGCUCCAGGCCCUGCUCCACAGACUGACCAGAGACCUGGAGACCGCCAUGGAGGGAGACAGGACCGAGGAACAGAUGGUUGGGCAGUGGAGGAAGUACAUGAACGUCCGGAAUACUCUGUCAGCAGAGGAAUCCCAGGUGGAGAACCUCAAGGCCCAGCUUAAAGAACUCUUCCGCUUUUCCCAAGAUUCACGGCAUCUCUCUGACGAUGUCCUGGCUGUGGUGAAGGAGCACCAGAGUGUGAAGUGUCGUGCUAUGAAGCUGUGUGCGGAAUCAGAGACAGGGCUGAGACUGGUGCUGCAGGACCCUCUGCAUGGCUUCUCUCAGUGGAGCCAGCUGGUCUCUCAGGUGCUGGAGGCCUCAGCAGAGGUGUCUGAGUUCUCCCACAUCGCCAUGCUGGUGCAGAACAUCGAGAGGUUGAUGAUGCACAGUCUGCAGCUGCAGGAGCGGUUGAGUCUGCUGCAGGUGAAGAGAGAUCUGCUGGGUUCAGUGUUUGGCUCUGACAGAGCAGAGAGUCUACUGACGGAGCUCAACGCCACCAUGAGGAACCGAGAGCUACUGCACAGCCAGCUUCUGCAGAGGAAGGGAAGACUGCAGGGUUUGAUCUCGAAGACUAAGGACUUUGGCGACGCCUACGAGUCAAUCAGGAGCAAGCUGACCCUCCUGAGAGACAGACUGAUCUCAGCAGACAGCCUCCAACCAGACAUACUGGCCAAGAAGAGCCAGUCAGACCAGCUACGGGUGAUCAAGAAGGACUUGGAGGACUGUGAGGCCCACAUCACAGCUCUGGAGACUCUGGUGUCAUCCAGCUCCACUAACAGGACCCAGUUUGAGAGGCUGUAUGGGGACUGGAGGAUCCUAUACAAGGCAGUCAGGGUGAAGGGGAACGAGAGUGAGGAGAGCAUCAGGGAGCACGAGAGUUUCCACGAGAGCCUGCUGAAUGUAGAGAAGUGGCUGAUGAUUAUGAGGCAGAAGCUGGAGUCCUACCGCAGCUCUGCUGGGGAGUGGAGCGUGGACAACAGACAGUAUGAAGCUGAGAGGGCACUAGGUGAGUUCCCAGAGAAGGAGCUGCUGCUGCACCAGACAGAGGUGCAGGGCCAGGGGGUGCUGGAGAGGACCUCUGAGGAGGGACGGGUGCACAUCCUCAGGGACAUGAAGCGCCUGAGAGAGUCCUGGAUGGCCCUGCAUGACCUCAGCCUCAACCUCUUCAGGCUGCUGAAUGGGCACAGCUCCUCUGAGGACCCUGACUUAGACAUCCAGAGAGAGAGGGCGAGAGGCCAGGCUGGGGAGUUGCCAGGCCCAGCUAGGGAGCUCUUUCCUGGGGAGGGAGGAGACAUGAUCAAGGGAAGUGGCUCCAGCAGCAAGAGGGAGGGUGCUCCAGAGAGAUCCCCAGGAGAGGACCAUGGUGUCUGGGUCUCUCAGAGCUCUGGGUCAGGGUCUGGGAGAGGGGGAAGAACAGGGUCAGGGGCAAGGAUGGAGCAAAGCGAAGGGGCAAUUUUUAGAGCAGAAGAAGGUGUGGGGGUCGAGGGAGGGUUCGAGGGCAGUGUGGAGGAUAUGGAUCUCUCUGAACAUGGGGAGAGACAGGGUAGUGAUUCACAGACUCUGGGUCAACAACUGGGUCCAAUGACGUUAAGCCAAGGAGUCAGUCAGAGACCGGGACAGGGCAGUGGGAGUGAAAGCAGGGGCAAUGGCAGGGAGAGGGAAAGGGAGAAGGAGAGGGGUGGAGGUGAGCACAGCUUUGGUAUUGAGGAGGUGGACUCCAUUGCCUGGAGAGGGGGGUACGGUCAGGGAGGAGAGGGGGAGACCAGAGAGGGAACCACAGGGAUAACCUUAGGCCACACAGGAGGCAGAAGCCCCCAGUGUGGAGGGGUGGUGGUGGAGGGGUCCAGGAGUAGCGAGGUGGUGGGGGGCUCUGGAUCCAGGAGUAGUGGGGUGGUGGGGGGCUCUGGGUCCAGGAGUAGUGGGGUGGUGGGGGGCUCUGGAUCCAGGAGUAGUGAGGUGGUGGGGGAGAGGUCCAGGAGUAGUGGGGUGAUGGGGGGUUCUGGUUUUACAGGUAGCGGAGUGAUGGCGGGAUCAGGGUCUAGGAGUAGCGGAGUGGUGGUAGUGGGGGCGUCUGGGUCCAGCAGUAGCGGGCGGACAGAGGAGUGGGUGGACGAGCAGAGGUCCAGAGGUGUGGCUGAACCUGUGGCCAUGGAGGUAGACGUGGGGUUAGGGUUAGGGCUAGGGCAUAGUCAGGGCAGCAGAAGCAGCUAUGGAGAGGGAACAAGUGAAAUGGGAGACCAGAGUGGAGGUGGAGGUGGAGGGGGACACCUGCGACACAGAGGGUCCUUCACCCCGAUCAAGACAAAGAUGGAGGAUUCAGUCAUUGAGCAAGGCUCUGCUAGAAAAACUUCUGGAGGGCUACAGGGCUCAAGUCAACACACCACGGCAGGUCCAGGGUUAGCCCUUAGUGCAGCGGAGUACAAGGACAGGAAGAGGGAGUUUGAGGCCUGGCUACAGAAGGAAAACAAUACUCUUUCAGGGAUUCUCAACACCAAGGGACCGCUGAGCACCAGAGAACUCAAGAUCAGGCAGAACACACUCAAGACUUUGCGGUCCAGUGUGGGCUGGGGUCAGGAGCAGUUCCAGCUACUGCUGACGUCUGGGGCGGCUGCAGCUGGAGCCGGGGACGGGGCUGACCAUUGGGCUGAGGAUGUUGGCAUGGAGGAGAUACGUUAUCGCUGGAUGCUCUACAAGUCCAAACUGAAGGAUGUGGGAGACCUCAAGGCUCUGUUGAAUGUCAAGCAGGGUGCAAGUGCUGCUGGACGGGAUGAACACACCAGGACAGCUAAGGGGAAGACUCCAGGCCUGCUGUACCGUGUGUGUCGGGUGGCCCUGCCCCUCUGGCUCCUGCUGUUGGCCCUACUCCUCUUCGCGUUCUUCCUGCCCUGGAUGGACGAAGGCUCCAGCUGCUCUCUGUCCAACAACUUUGCCCGCUCCUUCAACAUCAUGCUACGCUACGAUGGACCUCCACCCACAUAGGAGGAUUAUAUAAGUCGAUUCCUCUUCACCCUCAAUCCAUUCAGUGUGUGUGCGUGAUUGUGACUGUGUCUUUGUGACUGUGGGUAUGUGUAAGAGUCAGUUUGGGUCAGUGAGUGUGUGUUAAGGCAUCCGCAUGCUUCCCAGCCUAAACAGUUCGGAGGAGUUUGUGCAUACAACAUUUUGUGACGUUUUGGACUUCAGUGAGGGUUUUAUCGGCUGUUCGGGCACACAAAUUUUUUUCUGGAGGCAAGCUGAAGUUCGGUGCCGAAGUCUACGCCCCUUUAUUGGUGAUUGGUCAACAAUAGGGAUUCUUCAGUAAAGUCUUUGCUGUCAUUCAACGAGACGACUCGUUUGAAUGCACAUUUUUUCAUUGAGAAAUACUGCACCAAACAUCUUAGAUGUAAAAUUGCGCGACUAAGAUCUCCUUGGCAAAAACGGAUGUCUUGAGUUAUCUUAGGUUAGUUCUGACUAUUUUGAGGACUUGUAUAUUGGCUACGGCGUUUCAAAUGGACAAACCGCACACUUGUUCGGCUAGGUGCCAGCCGAACUGAAGCAUGCUGACGCCUUUAGUGUGUGAAUGUGUGUCUGUGCUGGAUGUGUCAGUGUGUGGGCGGGUAGCCUCGGCUCUUUCCACCUGUUCCUUUUGACUCAAGCUGUUCUCCACUCUGCAACCCACACGAUCAGGCCAAUUCAGCUCCUCUAUCACACAGGCAGGCAGCACAUCCACAGAGUAGAGUGCUCCACUCCCUCUCCUAUUCACAGUACUACAGUAGCUACAGUAAUGGCCACCAAGCACUUUGCAUGAUGAUGGAGUGGAGAGGAUGUGGGAUGAGGAAGUGGAUUUUUAUUUCCUCUAUUUGGAGGGAUUUGAUGUCUUAGAAAAUGACUGCGUUGAUCAUACACCCCCCAAAAAUAUAAUGUUUACUACCCCUUUAAAGACUGGUGUAUAGCAAAGAUGUGGUUAAUUUUAAACUGCACAAAUAACAUUAUGCUUUUUUUCUUUUUGCGUGAUUGUAAGAUGUUUUAAAGCUUUAUUUUUUAUCUGUACAUAAUGUAUUUUGCAUAAAGGACCCUUAUCAAUUUUAGCACUGUGUUCAUGACAGUCUAGCGCUUCAAUUCUAGAUGCAGGAUGUGCUCACAUCCCAAAACACAAUGUCUGGGGUGUAUUCAUUACAUCUUGCAACGGAAACCCUUUACCAUUUUAAGAACCAAAAGGGAGCAAACAGAGAAAAAACGGGGAGGGACCUAACUGAAUUUGUCCAAUAGGAACUCGUUUUCGUUGCAAAACUUUUUCUGUUUGGAGUAAACAUUUUCUGUUGCAAAACGUUUUACAACAGAUUCAGCGUAAUGAAUACACCCCUGUUCUAUCGUGUGUCAAUUCAAAUUAAUCAAUUUGACAUGUUUCAGUGUUAAAAAAAAACUGUCAUACAGAAAAUCAGUCAGUGCUGGUAUGCAUGAUGUACCCACUUCUGACUGUACAAGUAUAUUUAUUUGUACUGUACUGUAGGCAUGUUUGAACAAUAUGCUUUUCUUUCCUAAAGGUGCUAUGCUAUAUUUGAACACUGUCGUAAUGAUCCCUUCACACAGUUUAACUUCUCUAUGAAAACACCAAUUAGAAAGCCUUCUAUCUUGGCCCAUGACGUUUUCUUGGACCACAGAGUACUUUAGAGGCAAAGUUAACUUUCUUUAUAAUACGUAAUGUUCAGCAGGGCCAAGAUUAUAUAAUGGAAAUAGCUCCUGUUAUGGGAGAAUGUCCUUUUUUGAGCAGACUCUUAAAACGAUGCAAUGACCCGGUCAACCUUUGCUCUCUUUCCUCUCUCUCUUGCAUCCCCCUCUCUUCUCUCAUUCACUUUUGUACUUUUCCCUCCCUCACAUGUUUGUUUUACAGACCAGAGGGUUGCUAGGGCAACGGAGACCAAAUCGCAUUAAAUCUAUUAGUGUCCUAUCACACAGUACAGGUCUUUUUGUUACGACAGCAAAAUUAGGUUAUAACCCACAAAUAGUUUGAUAUUUUAAAAUUUGAUUAAAGUUGAACUGUUAGCUUUUGUUCGGAAUGAGGGAGAGCGUGUGUUAGUUCGACUGAGUCGAAGGUUUCAGAGGGCUGUCUUCGUCUGUCAUCAUGAAUGUUAAAUGACUGAGAAACUUCAUUCUUAAGAAAGAAUUAAAGGAAACUCGCAUGCCUGCCCUACCUGUCCAAAGCAGAACUAACUGAAUAUUUAUACCAUUCUAGUGUUAUCUAUACACAAGUUAUGCAAUGCUCUUCUUUAGUCUUCAUACAUAUUUAUGAAACAUAUCUAGCUCUAAAUGUGAUAAUAUUAGACAUAAAUGCUCAACUAAAUACAGAGGACUAAACGUCACCAUACUUGUACCAUAGAGUAAUAUGCUGCAUUCUUUUGAGUACCAAUCUGCUUCUUGCACUGCUAGAGUGAGUUAGAUGCGUAUGCAAACCUUUACAAUCAACGCAGGUUCAAAUGAAUACCCUGCCAGGAAUCUCACUGUAUGUGUGUAGCCAGACAUGUGGAGCAUCCAUAUGGACUUACACUUGAACCUUUUUCAGAAGUGCUCUUGAAAGGAUCUGCAGUGGAACUGGGAAUCAAUAAUAGAUGAGAAAUAGUGGUGGAGAAUGAAGGGAAUAUCAUGGAAUACUGUAUCAGAUUACUCUGCAGUGUGUAUUGGAAGUAGGGUUGUAAAAAUCAGAUUUUUUUUUUUUUACAGAUAUCUAGGUUGGAGUAUUUGAGAGACCUGAUUCCAUGAAUCUUCCAACCAGGAUUUCUGGAAAACUUUGCAAAAAUGUCCAGGUUAUCAACAUUUUGCAACCCUAAUCACAUUCCUUUUGGGUGUUUUUAGGAAGGAGUUUGUCUACUAAGUGCUCUGCUAAAUGUAUCAAUGUAAUAAAAAUGGACAUAAGAGUAGAUUGGAAUAACGUGUUAUGCAAAUGAGUAUCCGCUUUGCAAAAAAAAUACUUAAACGCGCAUGCAGGAAUGAAGAUUCUAAGCUUUUGUAAAACGGCACAAUAUUAUGCUCUAUUUUAUUACUAUAUUUUGAAAUGAACUAAAUGCUUAAAAUGUAUCAACAGGGCCUAACCAAUAUUUUUGUAUUGUACUCAAACUGGCAAUAAAUGUGCAGUGUGUAUAAUUGA